GGUGCUUCUCUACUCCCUAUAUAGCUUUUUCUACCUGCAUGGCACAGAAGUGACCUGAAGGCACGGCUCUUACGGCCGCUAUAAUGUACUGAUGAUUCUAUACUCCAUCUCUUACCCAAAUACUCUAUGCCAGGAUGAUGACCUCAAACCUCUUGUCCCGUUUCCUUCCUCCCAACGGCUCCCCAUCAGUAUAUGAGACGAUCCGGCAACAUGAUUCUCACUCCGACUCAUCCGAUAUCGAGGAACGCGCAGGCAUGUCACUGGAAGGUGAUCACAGGGAUCGGUUUAGCGAGCAUGAGCUGGAAGAUGCUCUAGCAGAUGCUGGGAGAGAUGAUUCGCCCGGUCCGAGCGAUCCAUUCCUCCCCUCUCGGAGUCCACCAAGGCAAAGGGACGAUGACGGCUUCCUCAAAGCUGGCUCUCGUCGUCGCAAAUUCAGCCGUUCCGCUCGGAUACACGCGCCCUCACCACGUCACAAAUUCGAUGAUAGCGAUGAUGAUGUUCCUGCCUCUCUUCUCGUGGAAGGAGGCCAGGACGAAGAUGAUGAUCUGGAGUCGAAGCUUCCGCCACCUCCAUCUUUUCAAGAACCCCCGAGCAGGGACCCCCCGCCCAGACCUUCACCUCGAGAAGACCGAGCUCGCUGGGAAACGACCCGCGAGCGAUUGCCGCUACACGAUACAACUCGGAGGGGCCACCAGGGGACUCUGUGGUCGGCGGGAUACCCCAACUUGGCCACGGUAGAUCCUAAAGAGAAGGCAAUGUGGAUGUGGGCAAAUGUUGAAAAUCUGGACAAUUUCUUGAAAGAUGUUUACACCUACUACCUGGGGAAUGGAAUUUGGUCGAUUUUGCUGAACAGGGUCCUGAGUCUCUUAACCUUUGGGUUCGUCGUAGGGUUCAGCAUUUUCCUCACCAAUUGCAUUGACUACCGCAAGGUACGCGGAAGUAGGACUCUGGACGACAUCCUUAUCCAGAGAUGUACAAAGCAAAUGUCCAUGUCCGCCACCUUCUUGCUGUGGCUGCUUUCUGUCUUCUGGAUCGGCAAGGCUUUCCAGUACCUGUUAGAUAUCAGAAGGCUCAAGCAUAUGCAUGACUUCUAUCACUACUUGCUCGGAAUCUCUGAUGCCGAGAUCCAAACAAUAUCCUGGCAGGAAGUUGUCAGUCGGCUGAUGACUCUUAGAGAUUCUAACCCCGCAACUGCAGGUACAGUCUCUGCGAAGCUUCGCAAGUUUAUGGGGAGCCAGUCCAAGCAGCGUAUGGAUGCUCACGAUAUCGCGAAUCGGCUGAUGCGCAAGGAAAACUACCUGAUUGCUUUGGUAAAUAAAGAUAUACUAGAUCUGACGCUUCCGAUCCCGUUUUUGAGGAACCGACAGUUGUUCUCUCGGACGCUCGAAUGGAACAUCAACCUCUGCAUCAUGGAUUAUGUCUUUAACGAGCAGGGCCAAGUGCGGACAUUGUUUCUGAAAGAUACCCACCGACGCGCUUUGAGCGAGGGUCUGCGGCGCCGCUUCAUGUUUGCAGGCAUCAUGAACAUCUUUGUAGCCCCGUUCAUUGUCGUUUAUUUCAUGAUGCACUACUUCUUCCGCUAUUUUAACGAGUACAAAAAGAAUCCGUCUCAGAUCGGAUCCCGCCAAUACACCCCGCUGGCCGAGUGGAAAUUCCGCGAGUUCAACGAGCUGUGGCACCUGUUUGAGCGGCGUGUCAAUAUGUCUUACCCCUUCGCAAGCCGCUAUGUGGACCAGUUUCCCAAAGAUAAGACGGUCCAGUUUGCCGGGUUCGUGGCGUUCGUCUCGGGGGCUUUAGCCUCGGUGCUGGCCCUGGCGUCCGUUGUGGACCCGGAGCUGUUUUUGGGAUUCGAGCUCACUAACGACCGGACCGUGCUUUUUUACCUGGGUGUCUUUGGUUCCAUUUGGGCGGUUGCCCAAGGGUUGGUCCCCGAAGAAACCAAUGUGUUUGAUCCCGAGUAUGCGCUCUUGGAAGUGAUCAAUUUCACUCAUUACUGCCCGGGCCACUGGAAAGGGCGCUUGCAUAGUGACGACGUUCGCAAGGACUUUGCCGUGCUGUACCAGAUGAAGAUCGUCAUCUUUUUGGAAGAGAUCCUCAGCAUGAUCUUCACGCCAUUUAUCCUCUGGUUCAGCCUGCCCAAGUGCAGUGACCGUCUCAUCGAUUUCUUCCGGGAAUUUACCGUGCACGUCGAUGGAAUGGGGUAUCUGUGCUCCUUUGCGGUGUUCGACUUCAAGAAGGGCACCAACGUGAUCUCCCAGGGGGAUACUGGUCGGCGCGAACCCGCACGGCAGGACCUUCGCGCCGACUAUUUCUCAACCAAGGAUGGCAAAAUGCUUGCUUCUUACUACGGGUUCUUGGAUAACUACGGUGCUAACCCUCGCGGCGCCCACCCCUCCAGCAAGCGCCAGUUCCAUCCUCCUCCCACUUUCCCAACUCUGGGAUCACCGUCGGCCAUUGAGAUGGGCAACUUCGGCGAUCGACUCGAUCAGACGCUGCUGCGGCAGGGCCCGGCAGCUGGGCUAAUGGGCCAGCAAUCUGCGUUUGGUGCACCUCGGUUCGGGCCUACAGGCAUGGGCGACCAUGCCUCCCCGGCACCGUCCAUCCUGCUUGACCCGCAUCAUCAGCCGUCGGCGUCAGGGUUCCGUUCAACACACCGCACUAAUAUCUAUCCGCGCUAUAGGGCCUCGCGACCGCCUCCCACCAUUUCCGACCCCAUCGAAGAUGAAGACCCUCCGGCAGUCCAGGCUCACGGAGCUGUCAAGUCACCGGCUGCGGCUGGGUCGAGCGGGGGUCGCAUUGGUAGGAGUGACAGUAACUUGGGGGAUUCCUGGCGGAUGAACUUGAUGGGAGAAGGGGACGAGGACGAAGAUGAGGGAGGGGACAACGUCGACGCUCUUGCUGGAGGAGCGGGCGUGCUGGGACUCAUUCAGCAGUUCCAACGGGUAAACAAGGACAACCGGGGACGCACGACGGUUGGUAUAUAACUGGGGAAACGUAUGGGGGGAGUGCGAAAUCUUUUGUCUAUGCCUCUGUACAGUAGGAAUUCCUGACUACGGGAGGCCUUGGGAUCAUAGCCCCGACAGUCAUUGGAGAGGCACGGACGCUGUAGUAGAAACCUAGU